AUGGAUAACAAUAAUAACAGUAUUACUAGUCUAAAUACUACUAGUGAGACCAAUGUGAUUGUUUAUGUAUGUAUUCAUUUUGUGAUGCCAAGUGCGGUUGCUAUUGGUAUUAUUGGUAACCUCUUAUCAAUAUUGGUAUUUGCACGUCGUGAAAUGAUUAAAUUUUGUGUAUCUAUAUUUACAAUUGUACUUGCACUUAGUGAUAUUCUUUUGUUAACAACAUCGUUAUUCAACAUAAUUUUACCUGAAUUUGUUGGUGGAUUAUUGUCAGAUAAAUCAGCAUUUUGGUGUCAUUUUCAUGGUUAUUUUGAUCUUCUAUUUGCUGCCUUAAGUGGUUAUUCAGUCGUAUUUAUAUCAGUCGAAAGAUGGUUUUCAGUAUGGAAACCAUUUGAUAAAGCUAAAUAUGUUACUUUUAAAACAACAUUAAUAACUGUUAUUACCUAUACAUUAAUAUCAAGUUUUGUUUUCUCAUGGUUUCCAUUAAUAUUACGUUAUGUUCCAACAUCGAACGCAGCACACACAUGCGACCUUUUUAAGCCUAUGAUAUAUAAAAUAUUUGGAACAAUAUCAGUUAUAUAUACAUAUAUUAUACCAUUUAUUUUUCUUGGUAUACUUAAUAUUCUUAUUUGUUAUCGUUUACAUACUCGUCAACAAACAUCAAUACAACAAUCAUUAAAAACAGCAAAUAAUAAAAAUCGUAAUGAAUCAUCAUCAGCAUCAGCAUCUGUACGUAAAAGAAUACAAAGACAACGAAAUACAGAUCGAAAUAUAACAGUUAUGUUAAUUACAGUUGCUAUUGCUUUUAUGGUUAUGUCAUUUCCAUUUCAAAUUUAUUGGUUUUAUAUGCAAAUUCGUCAAUUAAAGGAACCAAACGCAACUUUAUUCACAUUAACACAAACAUUUCGCUAUUUAAAUUGUUGUUGUAAUUUUUUUCUUUAUUCCGCUACAUCAUCUUUAUUUCGUCGUGAGUUACAACAAAUAUUUCAAUGUUCGAAUGCACUAAAAUCAAAAUAUAAAUCAACAAGUAGCAAUGUAACCAAUCGAACAAAAAUAAUUUCAUCUUCAGCAGUUUUCUCAGCAAAUUAUGAUCAUAUGGCAACUGAUCGUAAAACUCUUCUAUCAAAAGCAGCUGCUGAAAGUUUAAAUAAUAUAAAUUUAACUAAUGGACAUCAUGUUUCAUUUAAAACUAAUGUAUGA